GCGACUGCACGUGUCGGCGAUGUGUGUCCCGCUUCCCCCGCCGCCGACUCGCGCGUGACGUGUGCCAGCGAUUGUGCGACCGCAGUGAGUGUAGUGUGUGCGGACCGCGACUGAGUCGCGCGACGGCGCGAUGAGCGCGACGCGCCGUGAGUAGCCUGUGCGAUUAGUCGCAAACGCAACACUUCCAUAAUCCUGUAAGUUUGGGUGUUCUUUGAAGUGACGACGGCCGAAGCCGCAGUGAGUUCUCUCGUUUGAUUGAGUGCUCGUCAGUUUGACGAUUUUGUUAUUUCACGCUGUAUGUAGCUGGAGCGGGCUGAGCGCACGAUGUGCGCGUGUCCGUGGCGGCUGCACGCCCUCACCGCCGCGCUCGUCCUGGCCGCGCAUCUCAUCAAAGUCCUGUCUUGCGGCGAGACGACGGGCCACGCGCGGCUCGCCAAGCGGUACGUGGGGCUCUACACGGGGCCCUACUUCGACCCUUCCGCCCCCAACAACAUCACCACGCAGCUCGGCACGCAUGCCUACCUCCCCUGCAAGGUCCGGCAGCUCAGCAACAAGUCUGUGUCCUGGAUCCGGCGGCGCGACGCGCACAUCCUCACGGUGGACCGGUUCACCUUCAUCGCGGACGAGCGCUUCCAGGCCUUCCUCGUCGAGGCCACCGACACCUGGACGCUGCAGGUGAAGUACGUGCAAGCGCGCGACGCCGGCGUGUACGAGUGCCAGGUGGGCACCGAGCCCAAGAUGAGCCACUUCGUGCAGCUCAACGUUGUAGUGCCAAAAAUCGAGAUCGUGGGCGAGUCGGACCUGUACGUGAAGGCGGGCAGCACCGUGAGCCUGAAGUGCGUCAUCACGCAGGCGCUGGAGGAGCCCGCGUACAUCUUCUGGUACCACAACGACGAGCGCGUGCUCAACUACGACAAGAGCCUGGUCGAGAUCCGCAUGGAGCGCGUCGCGCCGGACACCACGGUGGGGAACCUGAUAAUCUACUCGCCGCGGCGCGAGGACUCCGGCAACUACUCGUGCUCGCCCUCCAACCUCGACUCCGCCUCCGUCGUGCUGCACGUGCUUAGUGGAGAGCAGCCAGCGGCGAUGCAGCACGGCAACGCGGCGUCGGGUGCGCGCGCGCCGGCCGCGCUCGCGCUGCUCCUGGCGGCGCUCGCUCCGCGGCUCGCUGCGCCCGCGCCGCACACGCUGCGGCUGCUUGCGCUUGUUGCGCUCGCUCUUCUCUUUCCUGUCCUAUGCCACGACGAAGACGAGUACCUGCAGCGCAAAUAGCGGCAGCAGCACAGAGCGGCGCAGCGCCAGUGACAGUGCAGUGACUCAGUGACGCUAAACCAAACGUCCAGCACGAUCGCAUGCGAUGCGAGUGCUACCUUUAUAUUGUAAAUUUUCAAAUACCUAUAUCGAUUAGUCGGGUGGUCGGUCGGGAGCGAUGUGAUAUGAACGAUUAGUGACGAUCGAGAAGGAAUUAAAUUAUUUAUAUCGGUACUAAAGUUUAUAUUAUUAUGGGAAACAAACUAUGUAAAUAGUCGAGAGUUUGUAAAGUUGUACAUAUAAUCGAGCGACGCUCGUCCUAGUUACAUCGAAAUACUCGUCGCCAGACGACUCUCAGGAUUUGUUGAUCAGUACAAAUGUCGAUCGGAAUUGUGACGCCACAGUACUAGCGCCGCGGACUCCACAAGUUUCUAUUGUUACUGUACACUUUGUUACGUACGACUGUAAAUACUUGUUUUGUAUCCGUUCUCGAGGAGACCCGCGCCGGCGCCUCCGUCACACUGCGCAUGUGUGUGUGUUGUUUUAGUUGUCGGCCCAGCCGCCUGUAUAUACUGUUUUGCACACAUUGUGUUUGUACAUAAUGAGAAAAUAUUGUUGACGACGAGCACACAUACCUGCAUCUGGAGCUUAGAUACGAUUGUUGCUGAUAUUUUGAAAAUUAAAUUAUUUGGGUAAAACUUGAUUUUUUAAAUAUGCUAGAAUUUUUACGAAGGGUUUCGAAGUAUAUUGCGCAAUCUUUAAAUGGUUAUAGUCUCAUUUCUUGAGCAAGUUACGUGUGUUGUCGUCUCGCCGGCGCGGGCGCUUUAGUUGCGCACGCGGCUGCCCGCGGCGCCCAGUUGUUGUCGUGACAGUGUGGCGUUGGUGACCUUGCUGGAUUGACACUGUUACUGCCUCACUUGUAAAUAAUAAAUGUAAGUCAUACAAAUAAA